CACGCCUGCAAAGUCCCGUGUUCGCCAUUUUUGCUGAAGGCAAGGCGAAUGUGAAUCUCUCUCAAGUCCCCAUUAUCAUCUGUUUUUCCAGACGGUUGUGUACGUGACGUGAAUUUCUUUAUAUAUAAAAAGUACAAACAAGGCGUGGUGAAUUUUGCGAAAUCGUUUUUGGUAAAAGAGAAACUGUGCCGUGAACAUUUUCGGCGUUCGGAAUCAGCUCGUGUGCGCGGAUGUGUGUGUGUGCUAUUUGCCCAUUCGCGAUCACACGAAAUCCAGGAAUGGACACAAUUUUCCGUGAAUCUCUCUCGUUGUAACGGGGAGUGAAUAAUUUUACCUAAUAUUCCGCAGUUUUCAAAUUUCUCUUACUGUCAAUUCGGAGAAAUAGUCAAAUUGUCAUUCUAACGUGAAAGGAGGUUAGAUAAUUUUUUUGUGUGUGUGAGUGUGGGGGUUGGUUAAGUGUCGUGUGCGGGUGACAAGUUUGAUAAAAAAAGAAAAAAUCAGGAAUUUGUUGAAUGAAAAUGAGCUGUCAACGAAAUGACGGGAAAAUAACAGUGCCCGACGACUUGAGGGAUAUUUUGCUGGAAUUUACCAUCAACUAUCUACUGGAACAACCGGGAGAUAUUGUGGAUUACGCGGUCGAUUUUUUCACCCGCCUCAGGGAGAAUCGACAGACGCAGCUGAUCCAGGCGAAUGCUCAGACGUGUUCGUCGACGCCAGACGAAUCAGUCGACGACGAGGAACCAAAAAAGAUCUAUACCGGAAGGAGGAAGAGCGUUUUUGCUGAAACUUAUGAUCCGGAAGAAGAUGAAGAAGAUGAAGGUGUUAAGCAAGUUUAUCCUAAGAGUGAUGAACAACGGAAUCGACUCAAUGAAAGUGUGAAAACUAUUCUGCUGUUCAGAGCAUUGGACAAGGAGCAAAUGUGCGAAGUACUUGAUGCGAUGUUUGAAAAAUCAGUCGAACCUGGGGAAUUCAUUAUACGACAAGGAGAUGGUGGAGAUAAUUUUUAUGUUAUAGAGAGGGGAAAGUUCGAGGUUUACGUAAAGCAAGAUAAACAAGAUAAAGAGAAUCAUAUUCACACCUACGAUAAUAGCGGCGCCUUUGGAGAAUUGGCAUUACUUUAUAAUCAACCUCGAGCAGCGACUGUUAAAGCAAUUACGCCUGGCACUCUCUGGGCAAUGGACAGAUUAACUUUCCGACGCAUUCUCCUUAAAUCUGCUUUUAAAAAAUGCAAGAUGUACGAAAAUCUUCUCAACAAAGUACCAAUGCUCAAAUCUCUCGAGCCUUUCGAACGAAUGAGCCUGGCUGAUGCACUGCUUCCAAAACAAUAUGACGAUGGAGUGCAAAUCAUUAAACAGGGAGAUUCUGCUGAUGGAAUGUACUUUGUUGAAGAUGGAGUUGUCAGAAUUACAAUCCAGGGAGACAAUGGUCGUGAAGUUGAGGUGAAUCGUAUUCCUGCUGGCGGUUAUUUAGGAGAAUUGGCUCUAGUGACGCACAAACCUCGAGCUGCAUCCGCUUAUGCUGUCGGAAACGUCAAACUGGCCUUUUUGGACGUAGAAGCAUUCGAGCGUUUAUUGGGUCCUUGCAUGGAGUUGAUGAAACGUAACAUCGAUGAUUACGAAGAUCAACUGAUCAAGAUCUUUGGCAGCAAAACGGAAAUCUCUGACAUCCGAUGAACACCUGCAUAACCACAGAACAAAGCCCACUGUGACGAGAUUUCUUGUACAGGGCAAAAUUCCGUUUGCACAAACUUGUAUCAGCAUCCGUUUGUGAACUUCAUCCACGUAAUUUAAAGAAAAGUCUUCUCGAGAUGUCAUUCGUACAACUGUCCAUUAGGCGUACGUCAUUCAUCAUUCGUAGCUGCAGCAUUUACACCUACGACUAUUUAAAUUAUUAACCUUACACUAUAAACCACAUGUCCUUAAAGUAUGUACGGCACGCCAUGAGAAUAAUAUUAUCAAGACUGUAUUAGAUCGGAAAGUAAUACAGUUUUAUUAUUAAGGAUGCCAUCUUUUUGGCUAAGAAUCUUUUUCGUUACCGAGCUGAUAGUGCCAUGAUUCUAUUUAUAUUUCAAAUACAAAACGAAUCCUUAUAAUUUAAGGAAACAAGUCUCCCGAGUUGACAGAAAAAACCUGAGCUCAAAGCGAGAAGCAUACGCUACCCAUUUUAAAGUGCAACAAAAAUGAGUCAUGCAUGUGGCGCCACAUUUUAAAUCGUUUAAUAUUGGCUCAUUUUGAACUGCAACAAAAACGAUUCCAGGUUUUCUCUGUGUUAUUGAGUCGAAGAACAAUUAUAUUUUUCGAUAUUUUCCCUGUUCCGAGACUUGUUUAAUUUUGAGCUUGUGGCUUCUUUUAGGGAGACUCAGUUUUACGAAUGCCAAGCAACGUAUUAUUAUAAACACUAUCUCGUUCAUAAUAAAUAUUCUUUAAGAUAUUAUAUAGAAAAAGUACCCCUUUUAAAGGAAAUUUUUGAUUUAUAAAACAGACCGGUGGAGUAAUUUUCGAAAGCUUUUUUUAUUCUAAUUUUUUUCAGUUUAAAAUUUGAUUUUUGGAAAAAAUUUAUUUAUUUUAAUUUUAAAUUAUUUAAAGUUUCUAAAGUAAAUUCAUCUCUAUUGAGUAAAAAGUGUUUUUUUAUAAAUAAUGGUUUUACUCAAAUCUUGGACUUAAUUUAUUUCAUUAGGCACUAGAGAAAAAGGUGCUUGUUAUAAUCUCAAGAAAGAUGCAAAAUUCAUUAAAUGGGCAAAGUGAAUAUUUAUUAGCAGGAAAUCCUCGAUGUCAAGGACAACAACAAAAAGAAAAAAUAAGGCAUCGCUACCAAACUAAAUUAAUUAAAACAAAAAAUCUUUAGCUCUGUUAAGAUAUCGUAUAUUGUCAUUAGAGCGAUCAUUUAAUUAUGUUAAAUGUCAGUAUGAAAAUAUGCUGUAAACUUAGAAUAAGCACUUCUUCACAAACGUGGAACGUUUGAUUUUGUUUUUAGACCGAAUCGACUACAAUGCACAAAUACCUCCUGUAUUUUAUUUGUUAUUUAAUGUGAGGAUAUUUUUAUUUUUUUAAAGGAAAUUACCUCGAGUUUGUCCAGAGGAUUUUUUCCAUAAUUCUUUCCGAUUUGCCCAAAAACUUUGAAACAACAAAUUUUGUAAAACAAAAGGUUGAGGCUCAGAUGUUUUUUGUUACCAGAGUCAAUUUUGUGCAUAGUACAAACAUAUACCUCAACAUUCUUGUAUUUUUCAUGUAUUUUAACUAAAAAAACGUUAAAUACUGGAGAAAUCUCAAAUACGUAACAAGAGUUGCACAAAAAUAAAGACGAAUAACUAGUCAUUUUUCAAAUAAAGUGUGCUAUUAUUAUUAUUAUUAUUAUUAUUAUUAUUAAUUUUAUUACUAUUGUUAAUAUUUUUAUUAUUAUUAUUAUUAUUAUUACAUUAUUUCUAAUUGUCGAAUUCGAUAUCGAAAAAAGAUGUAUUAUUUAUAUUGACAAGAGUGUUUGUUCGUUAUAAUCGUUUCGUUCAGUGCAUUAAAUUUUUAGAAAUAAAUCUUGACUUCCAAAAAAAAUUUUCAUCAGAGAAAAGCAGUGAUUAUUAUAAAAAAAUAUGUUGAUUGUUAUGUGUAGAUGUGAAAUUAUGUUAUUCAACAAUAUAUAAGAAUUAUUACAAUUCUUGAAUGCAUCACAGUAGAUCCAUUUUUAUUGUUGAUUAAAAUAUAAAUCAAUGCAUCGAUUUUUGUAUAGAAUUCAAAAGAAAAAGUCUUGUUUUUAUUUUAAAUUUUUUUAAUGUGGUCACUGUGUUGCAUUUUAAAAAAAAAUAUUCUGAAUAUGAAUAUUUAUGUCGAAAGUAGAGAAAGGGAGAAAAGGCGCGCAUGAGUGUUGUGCGAUUUUAUUUAAAAUUGGAGUCGAAAGGGGGAAUUAUUAUGUGUGAUUGAAAUUUUUGUGAAAUAGUUAAAUUCUAGUUCAAAUUUGAUUAUUAUAAAGAAAAACUCGGAAAUUGCGAUGAAUUCCGAUCAGAAAGAAAUCAAAAUAAAAUUUUUGGAUUAAGGCGUUAUAUUAUUUUAUUUUUAUAUUCUGUUUUUUGUGAAAGACAUGUUCAAGUUAUAUUUUUAAAUAAACUUCAUAUGAGAAACUACAAUUGUUUCAAUUUAAAACUCUUUAAAAAUACACAAUUUUCAUAAACGAUUUCAUAAUAUAGAAAUUUUGCCUCCAUCAGAAAAAUUCUCUAUUUCAUUAUCUUUUCAAACAAUUGUCUUGAACAUGGCUUUAAUAAGGGUUUUUUCAGUCGUUUACAAGUAAAAAAUAAAUAGAAUCGAUAAAUAAACGUUCAAUAAUAUUGAUUGCAGGAAGGAAUUAUUUAAUUAAAAAACAUUAAUGGUUAAUUUUAAGAAUUAAUCAUGACUUCGCCAUCAUCUCUUGCAAUUUAACAAAAUAUCGAUAUAGCUUGUGUAAUAAUCGUUAGAAAAGUAAGAUCCCCCUUAAAAACAAAAAAAUUAUGAAACUUCAUCCUCAUACUUCGAUAUAAAAUAUGUUUUACCUAUUUAAAGAUCAGGAAAAAUAUAAUUGUUAAAGUAGAA